UUGAGGUUAGGGUGAGGGUGGCAGCUACUGAGGCUACUUACGGGUCUUGACGAAGAUCUGCAUGGUGGCAGGCUAGGUAUGUAGACUUGCUGAGGGAGUGUGCUGUGAUGGGUGGAUGGUUGGGGUUGGAGUUGUAGUGUCGGAGCGAGUAUGGGAGUGGGUUAAAGGAGACACGGAGGUGGGAGGGCAGCAGAGGGUUUAUGUAGGCAGGAGUAGGCGGCAAGCGGAGGCUGUGAGUGAAGGCUCGGUGGUGAGUAAUGACCCAAGUGGCCCGUGCGCCGCCUGGAAACAGGGCAGCGAACGUUCGAGCGCCUUCGGUGGUGCGGCAAGCCAGGCAGUCGCGCCCUCACACCAUCACAGCCGCCUCCACCGGCACUUCACACAGAGAAGAAUUUGUGCAGAACUUUCACUUGAAUUGCUGUCUAUCCUCAGUGUAAAACUGUCGCAGAGUUGCUGUGACGCUAUGGCGAUGCUGGGCUUAGAUGGCAUGAGCAGUCCCCCACCUCCGUUAUCGCUCACCUCGCCAUGUGACCUCCCUUAUCGAAUCAGGCAGCUGCGACUCUAGCCCAGGCUGGUUUACUAACCUCUACUGCAGCUGAGAUAUCGGUCCCG